CCAAAAGAGACUGAUAACUUGUAAACAAUAUGGCGGAUAUGUAGUCUAUGCAAAAAUUGUGGUCACAAAAUUUUUAACAGUUGUCGUUCUACACAUAGUUUUUCCCAUUUUUCAGAUGCCUUAUAAUCAGACAUAAGUAUCAUUACUUCGCUGCAACAUGCCAGCCGUAGAAACGAUGAGUAGAGGCCUGGUGGGCCCACAUGGUCCGGCAGAUACCUCGGGACUUCUGAUUGAAACUAUGCAACUAGAAGAACCAAGGAAAUCUCAGCAUGUACCCAACCAUGUGCUCGAAACAAAAAUAUAUACGAAGGUGGCCCAGAACUCCAUGGUGCUUGCCAAGCCUUCCGUGAUACAUUUUGGAGGAUUUGAGGUGGACAAGAAGCACACUAUGUCACUGAGCAUUGUAAAUGUUUCCACAGAAGUAAUCAGAAUGCAUGUUAUACCACCUCAGACAAAAUACUUCUACAUCAAAUAUACCAAAAAUGAAAGAUUGGUACCAGGGCUGACGUUAGACUGUACUGUUGAGUUUACCCCUGAUGAAUGGAGAUACUAUUAUGACUGUAUUAGAAUUAAUUGUCCUGGGGAAGAAAAUCUUGUUAUCCCAAUACAUGCAUAUCCAGUGAUGAGCACAAAAGAUUUUCCACAGUUGUUCAAUUUUCCUCCAGUACCUGUUGGUCAUAAAAUGACCAAAGUAUUCCCAUUGCGAUGUGAAGCACCAAUAGAUUUUGAGUACCAGCUUACCUAUCUACAGCCACAUCAAGCAUUCUCUGUUCAUCCUAUGUCAGGUAUUAUUCCAGCCAAUGGGGAGACAGAGGUUUCUGUGACAUUCUGUCCCAUAGAGUUCCACACAGCAUACAUGAGAGUACAGUUGGUUAUAUCACAGUUCAACUCGAGUCCCAUUGUGUGUACAUUUACUGGUACAUCUGUGCCAGGCUUGCUCAAAGACGAGACAUUAAAUCACUACUCCUUCCAGUAUGAUGAAGGAUCUAUAGAGUCAGUCCUAGAUCCACGCAGUUUAACACCAGUAGAAAGAGCAAGAAGAAAAAAGAAAAAGAUUGCCCUUCCACCACCCACUAAUGUCAAACAGGAAGUUGAGUAUCAGGGUGUCAAAUUUCCGGCCGAUCUAAACAAUCCUUACGCUGUGUCCCAGGUCCUGAACCAGGAACCAGGCAAAUUGAGAGCUAAGGAUCUUAGAGAUGUUGUUGUCACAAAGGAUUCAAAGCCAAAAGCUGCCACAAGACAAAUGAAGGAAGCAAAAUUUGAGCACCAAGUGAGGCAAAAUGUGUACGAGGAACGUCAAAAUCAGCUGAGAUGGCAGUCAAAGCUUGGAGAUGAGCAGAUCAGUACAGAAGACAGAGCAAAAAUACUCUCAGAGAGAAACAAGUCCUGGAAUAUAUACAAGUAUAAGCGGUGUGGGGAGCCAGUUGAGGAUGAAGAAUAUGGUCGAGAGUGUACAAAGUGUACGUUUAAACGUACAAUGAGAGGCAAAGAUAGCUUACCUCCGCAGACGGCACAGUUUGAUAAAUAUACAAAUGAUAUGUGGCACGUACGACACAGCACACUCAGCAGAUUUGCACAAGCUGCUAGAAAGGUAAUUGUCCGUCAACGAGCUGCAAACAAACUGAAAUCACUUAAAAAGAUGAUAGAGGACUGGCAUCGGCGAAAGUUUGCCACAGAAAAUCUAACAGCUGAAGAAAAAGAGAAAAUCUCAGAAGAUGAGAGGAAAGAAUUAAUACCAGAAAACAUGGAGUUACGUGCGGACAGAAUCAAGCAGCACCAGUUUCCAACAUACGUGCCUCCAAACGUCAAGGAUGACAUGGCUCCUGAUGCUCUCGGAUCUGUUCCAUUCAAACCUACAGAAGUUGUCGUGAAAAGGAAAGUGCCUUAUUUCAAUUUAAAAGUAUGUUUGAUUUUGCAUCAUUUUUCACUUUUUUUUACCUUCAGUCAUUAUUAUUUUUUGCUUUUUUUUCAAAAGGUUCAGGAUGAAGUAAUCACUUUGCCACCACCUGUUACAAUGAAGGAGAAAUCUACAGUCAAUGUUACACGGACCAGUCUGGCCAUAGACUUGAUGAAGGAAGGGGAAUUAACUCUAUUACCAGAAGCUAUAGAAACAAAGAAGCCUGCUCCAGUACAGAUUGUCUCCCUUACCCCUCCACAGGCUUUGUUCCAGCCAAUGGAGUAUCCACCACUGCAUAUAUUUAAUCCAGCACCAGGUUUACAAGUGUUCCAGUCUCCUGUACCCUACGCUGAGACUGAUAUAGACUUCCACCUGUGUCCUCUACCGCGGUACUUCAGAAAGGAUCAUAGUACAAACAUGCAUGCUGCAACACAGAGGAAAUAUAUGGACAGAGAGGAUGUUGUUCGAGGUAUUAUGGCAUGGAAGAAGUUCCCAUCACAGGGACUUACAUCUCUCAGUAACACUCCUACACUGACCAAUGUAUGGGUACCUAGAUGGGAUGAUCCAUUUGGCAGUGAAUUAUUACCUACAGAUGUUCCACCUCUUCUUGACAGCCUGCCAACUGAUGAUGGUGAUAAUAUUGUCGAUGAGGAGGAAGAUGAGGAAGGUAGGACAACUUCUCGUAUGACAGUGGCCUUGACCCCUGACAUGGUAAAUGCCCAGUUUCAGAUGAUAGACCCGUCUACACCAGCUGAGGAAAAGGUUCCAGUAGAUGCAUUUCCACAUGGGAAUAGAAUGCCGGCUACCAACAUUCCAGUAUCUGCAUAUGGUCCAGUGCCUAGGGAAAAGAGAGAAGAAGAAUUAGAAUACUUUAUGACAAAGAAAUACAAUCGUCUCGGCGCGAAGAUACAGUCUAGAAUAAACACACUCAAUAACUUGACAACAGAUUCUAAACUUGUGCUAAAAUAGAAAAAAGACUUUCACCCUUUUUUUUUUAUCUGUUAACAGCGUGAAUGUGAGUGAUUGUGAAGAAAAAAAAAAAAAGUUACAGAAGAAUUAUGUUACAGAAAAUGUCUAUGAUUUGUUUUUGUGUAUUUGUAAACAAAACAUUAAUGCUUUGCUUUUACUUCCUAGUAUUGCAUCCUAUGUUCUUGAACAUUUUCUCAGAUUAACAAAGUAGUUAAGGUAUUUAGAUAAUGCAACAGCAGAAUCAAAUGCCAUACUUCCUGCACUUCAAGGUGGAUUGUUUAAAAAGCAGGGUUGGUGAUUUCCACCCUAAAUUUAGUGGUUUCAUUCAGGAAUGGAUUUUCCACUGAAAUUUCAUUAAAAAAGAUAAAUUACUUAUCUAGUGCUCAACUUAACUAAAAAUGAGGAUAUGGGUACACCAUACUUGUACGGGCCCCGUCUUUCACAAAAAUUAUAUAUUGGCAACAAAUUGCCUACCACAAUGUUUAAAAAAAAAAAGAGAUGAUUUUUAAAUCUUCAUGGUGGUUGUAGACAGACUGACAGACCUUUUCUCACACUUUAUGUAAAUGUACGCUUCUUGUAAUGAAGUGUGAUCUUUGAAGAGAAAAACAACUGAAAUUAUUAGUUUUUACAAAACUGUAAGUGAAAAUUUUGUUCAAAAUGAGAGAAAAAUCACGUUAAAAACUGUCUUGACUUAAAACUGUACCAUGUGCUACUGACUGGACAUUUACACAUAUGUAUAAUGGUAUUUAUAUUUUUGUUGAUAAAAAUAUUUUUUUAAAACUGUGAUAUUUGAAUAUUUAUUUGAAUGUAAAACAACUGUUGUCUUUGUGAGUGUUAUACUUUAUUAAAUGAUAUACUAAA